AUGCCAGGCUGGAAAUAUGCAUUCUCUCUACCGAGCGACGCGGUCAAAGCCGCCACACCGCCCAGCACUAUCCUGCUCACCGAACACGACGCGGCUCAUGCGCAUCGAGACGGGCCGGAGGUCGUCGGCGUCGUCGGCGUCGUCCGCUUCCCCACGCCGACCGCCGACCCGGCGGACCCGUUGAACUGGCCGCGGUGGCAGAAGGCGGCCUGUAUGGUCACCCUGUCCCUGUACGCCUUCGUGUCCAACUACAUCUCGGCGUCCAUCGCCCCGGCCCUGCCGAGAUGGAACUACGAGUUCCCCCACGACCGCCGGCCUAACCAGGACCUGAUGCAGUUUGUCGCGGUCAAUGUCCUGGUGCUCGGACUCGGCAGUAUCUUUUGGGUUCCCCUUUCCAACAUUUUUGGCCGUCGUCUGGUCCUGGUCCUGUCGACUCUGCUGCUCUUCAGCGUCACCUGUUGCGGGAUCCCCUUCACCGGCUUCACGCCGACCUUGAUCAUCAGGAUCUUUCAGGGGUUGGGCAGCUCUGCUUCCGAGACGGUCGUGCCGGCCGUGGUGGGAGACUUGUUCUUUGUCCACGAGCGUGGUAGUUGGAUGGCGUUCUACACGGCAUCUCUGGCCAGCGGAUCCGUCGUCGGGGGCAUCACGGGCGGGUACGUGGCGGCCGAGCUGGGCUGGGUCGGCCAGUUCUGGAUCGGAACGGGCCUUAGCGGGUUGGCCUUCCUAGCCACGGUGCUGCUUGUGCCCGAGAGUAUGUUUGACCGCGACCGCGACCGCGACCGUCAGACGGUCCCGAUCCAGCGCACCCUCCCGCCGAUAUCCCGGCCCGGCCGGCCGCGGAUUCGGUCGACGGCACCCAAGCUGAGCCUCAUGACGCUCCCCUCGAUGCGCUUCACACUCCCAUCACGCUUUCGCUGGCGGCCACCGCCCGACGACGACGACGAGGCCGCCCUGACCUGGUACGACUCGUCCUCCUCGGUCGACCUGGCGUCUCCAAUAAUGACCGACAACUGCGCUCGCCUGGAUAGCUCUAUCUACGGCAACCUCAUCGACCUCGGCCGCCUCCAGGCCAACAACAACAACAACCACAACGACGAUCAUGGCUGCGGCGGAAACACCAGCGGCGACGCCCCGUCCGAGCACCGGCCGUGGACGUACCUGCGCUCGCUGGCGAUGGGGCGGUACCGGGGCCGGGCGGCGCGGCGGUUCGCUCAGCCGUGGUCGACCCUGCGGCUGCCGGCGACGUGGAUCAUCAUGCUGCAGUACGGCGGCCUGGUCGGCGGCGUGGCCGUCAUCUCGACGGUCGGACCCCAGGUCCUGGUCGCGGACCCCUACCGCUGGGGGGAGCGCCGCGCCGGCCUGCUCUUCGUCGGCGCCCUCGUCGGCAUCCUCCUCGGCGGCGCGUGCACCGGCCUGGCCGCCGACCGCCGCGCUGCCGCCUCCGCUGCUGCUGCCGCUGCUGCCGCCGCCGCCGCCGCUAAUGGCGCCCCUGCCCGUGCCCCUGCCCGUGCCCGCGCCCGUGCCUGUGCCGGCCUCGUCGAGCCCGAGGCUCGCGUCCCCCUCCUCCUGCCCGCCCUCCUCAUCGGCACCUGCGGCCUCGCCAUCUUUGGCGUCUGCGCCCAGCACCCCUCCCCGGCCGGCUGGGUCGGCCUCGAGUUCGCCUUUGGCAUGGUCGCCUUUGCCCUGGCCCAGGUGCCCUCCAUCUGGUUUGGAUAUCUUAUCGACGCCUACGACCAGCUGGCGAGCGACUGCUUCGUCAUGAUCUGCAUCCUCCGCGGCGCCAUCCCCUUUGCUUGGACCUUCUUCGUCGCCCAGUGGAUCCAGAGGGACGGCUUCCUCAUCCCCUUUGGCGGCUUCACCGCCAUCAUGGGCGCUUUCUCUCUGCUCGUCAUCCCCAUCCUGUGCGGCGGCAAGCGGAUGAGGAUUGCCACGGCGCGAUACGUGUCCGAAAACCAGUCAUGA